AUGAAUUAUCUCAAAAAUCCUAAACAGGGUGGGGAUCAACCUGAUAAGAAUGAAGCUAAUGAGGCACCAGAUGAGGCUCUAGAGCCAAUUCCAAUGGAGGAUACUAAUGAGGAAGAUGAGGAAUCUAAGAUAGAUACAGCCAAGGCUAAAGAUAAGUCUUUCACUCCUGUAGUUGGAAAUAGAUUAACCAAGCAACUCCCUCCUUUGAUUCGGAGAAAAGGAGUAUUCCUAAUCGGUAUUUGUGGAGGACCCUCCUGCGGAAAGACCACCUUGGUUGAACACAUUAAGAUGAACCUAGUCAGGAGCAUUGCUUGCAUAAAAUGUUCUGACUUCUAUAAGCCUCUCUUGGGAAAAGGAAGAAGCACACAUUCUCAUGAUGGAUUAGAUGAAGAACUUGAGCAAAUAGAUGCAGAGGAAGAUCACAAAACUGCAGUUGAGAAGAUUAACAAAUUAUACGACUUUGACUCCCCAGACGCCAUCGAAUUUGAUUUGUUGAUCGAAGUUUUGAAGAAACUUAAAGAGAACAAGAGCACCACUAAGCCUAAGUACAACAAAAAGACCAAAAUGAGAGAAGAGAAUUGGGUGAAAGUAGACCCCUGCGAUGUAAUCAUUGUUGAAGGUCACCUUGCCUUUGCAAAUAAAGAGCUUCGCGAAAUGUUUGAUCAGAAAAUUUAUAUUGAAGCUGAUGACGAUAUCAGACUCACAAGAAGAAUCCUUAAAGAAAAGAAAGAGGCUGAGAAGGAUGGAGACUUUGAUAUCACUAAGUGUCUUGACAAGUAUGAGAAGUUUGUCAAACCUGCUUAUGAUAAAUAUGUUGAGCCAACUAAGAAAUAUGCAGAUAUGGUUAUUCCUAACAACGUGCAGAGCGAACUUGACAACAACUCAAUGUCCCAAAAAGAGAGGAACAAACUAGCUAUUAACAGAUCAAUGCUUAUAAUAUGUAAUGUAGCAGAGAAAGUAUGUGAUUUUGUCAACGAGAGAUACUAA